UUUCUCUCAAAUAAAUUUUUGUUUUUUCUUCGUCAGAAUUAUUCAAUUUAUCAUUGCCUCCUCCUCCUCCUCCUCCUUCUCAAUCACAAAUUUCUCCAAUCUCGCUAUCUUCUCUUCCCAUCUAGGGCUCUUCUUCUCCUCCUCGUCCCUGGAGCCUAACAAAACUCCAGGAACCCACCCAAUCUUGCCUCAAGUCACAAAAAGUUCGAUCGUGAACCGAUCUUCUCAGUUCUGCUACAUUUACGAUUUACGAAUCGUAAUUUUGAAAUUCGUUUGGGGAUAUUUCUGGUUUUAUUUGUCGAUCACGACUUGUUAAAGAACGCUAGUAGGGGUUAAAAAGAUUUAACUGAAGAUUUUGGAUUGAUGUGGGUAAAGCUCUAUAGAUUAUGAACGGUCUUGGCUCUGGGAGUAGUAUCGAACAAGCUUCCCAAUCCAUGGAUCUUAAGCAGAUUGGAGAUAAUUCUACAGGUGUCUUCGAUGCAUCUCAGUAUGCUUUUUUUGGUAACCAUGUUGUUGAGGAGGUUGAGCUGGGUGGAUUGGAAGACCAAGAAGAGGAUUUACCCUUAGCUGGAAAAGAAGAAGAUUUUGCCUUUGAUAAGGAAGAGGCUGAAGUUUCUAGAACUCUUUUUGACGCUGAUGAUCUUGCUAGUACAUUUUCGAAGUUGAAUAGGAAUCCUGAGAAAUAUAGGAGCACGGUACCCGUAGCUGGUAACGGUUCAAGACAGAAUUAUGUUGGUAAUGGGUGGAACCAUAGGGAGGAGUUGCCAAAUCGGUAUAACCAGCAAAGUUCAGACUCUGAGGCCAUCCAAGAUGACAUAAGGUGGCCAUCACAGCCUUUUCCUACUCCAAAUCUUGUUGAGCAAAGAAACCUGCAUAGAGCAACAUCAUAUCCUGAACCACAGCAUCAACAGCCCCCAUACCAGCAUCAACAACAAUUUUCCAGCGAACCGAUUCUUGUGUCAGAUCAGCAUGUAGGCCCUCAUAUGGGAUCGCCAUUUCCAAGUUCUCAUCCUCAGUUGGUUGGCAUGCAUCAUGAAUCACCGCAACACACUGGAAACAUGCCUCAACUGCGACCUUCUCUUCUCGUGAACAAUCGCCCCUCAGCUCAGUGGAUGAAUCGCCAAAAUAUGUUUCCUGGGGACAGUUCUGGGAUCAUGAACAAUAUGUUACCACAACAGCAGUUAUCUCAUCAAAACGGUUUGAUGCCGCAACAGCAAAGGAUACCUAAGAUGCAGGUUCCUCAGAGUAGGUUACUACAUCCGAUGCAGCCUCACGGGCAUUUGCCAGGAAUGCAGCCUCAACCAUUUAACUCCCACCUUUCUCGAUCAGCGUCCUCGGGCAGUUAUGAUGCAAUGCUUGGGUUUGGUGAUCAGAGGGAAGCAAGACCAGGAUCGGGUCAGGGGAACAGACACAACAUGCGCUUUCCUCAACAGGGUUUUGAUGGUGGGCUUCAGAGGAGAAAUAAUGCAUGGCCUCCUUUCAGGUCUAAAUAUAUGACAGCUGAUGAAAUAGAGAACAUCUUGAGAAUGCAGCUUGUAGCUACACAUAGCAAUGAUCCUUAUGUAGAUGAUUAUUACCACCAGGGGCGUCUUGCUAAGAAAUCUGCUGGCGCCAAACUGAAGCACCAUUUCUGUCCGAAUCAUUUAAGAGACCUUCCAUCUCGCGCACGUACUAACAAUGAGCCCCAUGCAUAUCUUCAGGUUGAUGCUCUUGGUAGAGUUCCUUUCUCUUCGAUCCGCAGGCCUCGGCCUCUGCUUGAAAUGGAUCCUCCAAAUUCAAAUAAAUCUGGUAAUCUGGACCAGAAAGAUACAGACAAGCCCCUUGAACAAGAACCAAUGCUUGCAGCUAGGGUGAUUAUUGAGGAAGGUCUCUACCUCUUCCUCGAGGUAGAUGAUAUUGACCGAUUCUUAGAGUUCAAUCAACUCCCAGAUGGUGGAAACCAGUUGAGGCAAAAGCGACAAGCUCUGUUGGAUGGGCUUGCAGUGUCAUUGCAGCUUGUUGACCCACUUGGUAAAAACGGGCAAAACAGUGGGCUUGCAUCUCAGGAUCUUGUCUUUCUAAGGAUCACCUCCCUUCGAAAGGGCCGGAAGCUACUCACAAGGUACCUCCAGCUUCUUUUCCCCGGCAAUGAUCUAAUGCGAAUCGUCUGCAUGGCUAUUUUUAGACACUUAAGGUCUUUGUUUGGAGUGAGAUCAUCAGAUGCCGAAACCACAAAAACAACAAUCAAACUUGGAAAAGUUGUCGCGUUAUGCAUUCACACCAUGGAUCUUGGACCCGUAAGCGCUUGUCUAGCAGCAGUUUCUUGUUCUUCCGAGCACCCACCACUUCGCCCUUUGGGUAGCCCUGUUGGAGACGAGUCUACUAUUAUACUGAAAACUGCACUCGAUAGAGCUUCCGAGCUUCUCAGUGCUAACAAUUACAACAACGCAGGCAUGAAUCUGUGGCGUGCUUCCUUUGAUGAGUUCUUUAACUUACUGAUGAAACACUGCAUAAGCAAGUACGACAGUAUAAUGCAGAACCUGAAUUCGCAAUUGUUACCACACUUUGCCACAGAGAUGUCUGACGCUGCUGCACAAGCUAUUGUCAGGGAAAUGCCUAUCGAGCUUCUACGUGCAAGUUUCCCGCACAUUAGUGAUGAGCAAAAGAGAAUACUUUUGGAAUUCUUGAAGCCUGGUAGCCAGAAAAUCGGAUAAAAACUUUAAGUACAACAUGGAGCAGAAAUAGUUAGCAACUGAGAAAUAGUAUCCUACUUUUUCUUCCACUAGUGGUUCUUCUUUCUUUGAUUCUCUAUUUUUGUGUGACGAUAUGAAUGAUGUAACCGAAGCAGGAGAAGUUAGGGUUGGCGUGUACAGAGAAAGAUCUGAAGCUUGUUUUUAUCCAUAAGAUAGGCAAUAAAGAUGACAGUUACUACUUUCUGUGCAUGUUUAUCUCACAAAGGUUUCGAUUUUUUACUCGGAAAUCAAUAAAUCUUUUUCACAUGUGUUUUGAGUAUUUCUCUUUUGUUAUUCAUUCAAAUGGUCCCUAAACGAAUAUAGGGUAAUAAAUAUUUUGCUACGAGUGUUUGUCUU